AUGGCUCUCGAUUCUUCCGGCAACCAAUCCGAGCAACAGCAACCGCAAGCCUCCUCCGGCAACGGCGAUGUCGGAUUGAAACUCCGUAGGAUCCCUAACGAAGAACACGAGCCUGACAACUAUGAGGAUCUACAGUUGGAUUUUAGCCCUGUUCUGUUCAGCUCUCUUGAGCGUUACUUACCCGACCAGAUUCUCAAUUCCUCUCGAAUCGACAAGGCUCGUUUCAUGAGAGACCUUCUUUCCCGAUACUCCCCUGACACUGACCGAAUCCGGAUUCAGAGGCAUAGAGAGUACAGGCAGAAAAUCUUGUCUUCUUACCAGCGUCUGCAUGGAGAGAUCUAUUCUCUUGACCCUUCUAGUUUCUUCGUGCCUUCGUUUCUUGGAGCUGUUAGGCAGAAGUCAGAGGAGAGUUUGAGAAGCAUAAUGGUUCCAUCUUCUCCAGGGAUUUUCACUUUUGAAAUGUUUAAUCCAAGGUUUUGUGAGAUGUUACUAGCUGAGGUUGAACAUAUGGAGAGAUGGGUUUAUGAUUCAAGAUCAACUAUAAUGAGACCCAAUACGAUGAACAAAUUCGGUGUUGUUCUUGAUGAUUUUGGCUUUGAAGCCAUGCUCCAGAAGAUGGUUGAUGACUUCAUAAGUCCUAUAGCUCAAGUUUUGUUCCCGGAAGUCUGUGGAGCCUCUUUAGAUUCUCACCAUGGCUUUAUUGUUGAGUAUGGGAAAGAUAGGGAUGUUGAUCUUGGGUUCCAUGUGGAUGACUCAGAGGUUACUUUGAAUGUCUGCUUGGGUAAACAAUUUUCUGGUGGGGAGCUGUAUUUCCGAGGCGUGAGAUGUGAUAAACAUGUGAAUUCCGAAAGCAGUGAAAAGGAAGUUUAUGAUUACCCUCAUGUACCUGGUCAUGCCAUUCUUCAUCGUGGACGUCACCGCCACGGUGCUAGAGCUACAACUUCUGGACACCGAGUCAAUUUGAUUUUGUGGUGUAGAAGCUCAACUUUUCGAGAGAUGAAGAAUUAUCAAAGAGAUUUCUCAAGUUGGUGCGGAGAAUGCAAAUUUGAUAAACAGGGAAGGCAGCAAGCCUCAGUUAAAGCAACUAAAGAGAUACUGGAGAGGAGAGCAGCAGAGAAGGCGCUUGUUGAGCUCGCUUCAAGAUCAUCUGCCGACAAAACUUAA